AUGGCGGUGUUGUUGCUUUUACUUCUUCUGGGGCUGGCAGUGCCCCUUGGAAUGAGCACAAAUGAGUACAACAUCAAACACACAGGAGAGUUAGUGCUAACAAAUCAGCUGAACAGUUUAGUGAAUGCAAGAGUGGUGCCAAACGAAAAGACAUUUAGCUUAGAAAUAAAUAAAGUGAUAAACUUCCCAGUCCAUUGUAUCCCUCACAGUGCAGUGGAUUACAACACAGGAAGGAAGAAGAAGCCCAUUUAUUUUGUUAAGCAUGAAUUCAAGAAUUCUUUACAUCUAUAUAAAAAUAAUGUGAAUCUAAUGGCGUUAAAUUUUCCUGACAAAUUUUACAUAGUUGGAAUAGCUGCAAAUAAUGGGUUCAUUCUAAUGAUCACAGAUGUGGAUAUAUACAAAAUAGAUUUGAAGAAGAAAAAAAUAUCCCUGUUGAAUGUGGUUUCACAAAAACAUGCUCACAUAAUGAAUAACAAAGAAAUGUUUUUCACAGGUGUCAUUGCAGAUUCACAAGAGAAUCAAUUCUUUGUCGUUUCUGCAAUUAAACACAAUUAUUUUAUUCUGCAUGUGAAAUAUAAUGAGCAAAAUGAUCAUAUAGAACUGAUUAACGUUAUUGAAACUGUUAAUGGAAAACAGUUAAGAGUGCUCAACGCAUUAGCAGUAAUGGAUAAUAAUUUGUUCAUAACCGAGAACGCAGAAAGUGUAUUCAGAUUAACAUUAAACAGGACCAAUAACUCUGUGCAAGCUAAAAAGUUACACACUUUUACGAAUGGAGACAAGAUAAUCGGCCUCAGUGUCAAUGAGUUGCCUGAUCAGGAAGAUGCAAAUAGUAAGAAGGCCUACCUUAUUGUGAAUGUAAAACACGUAACAAAUGAUAAGCCCUCAUCAGAAGGGAAGCUUUACCUUAUGAGCAUAAAGAAAGAUGACUCAGUUGACAUGUACACUGUGUUGGACCUGUACAGUAAAGAUAUAAACUCUUUAUACUUCUCCAUCUACGAUGUACAUCUGGUAAGUGAAGAGGAAGAAUAUGAAAGAGGAACAAUCACAAAGGAACUGAACAAUAAUAAAGCGAAAUUUUUAAAUUUGGAUUCUGCCACCACGAAUAAUCUUACCAUGGACAGUGAAACAGAAAAGGAAGAAAAAAUACGAAAAGAAGAGGACGCAAAAUAUAAGCUAACGAUUUUGUGGACUAACAAUUACAACUGUACUGUUAAUAAAGGAAUUAUUGAUUUGAGAAAUGUAAAAACGGGUUCAGGAAAGGAGGCAAAAAUUCCUUUUGUAAAUGUCACAAAUCAGUAUGCAUUAGCUCCCCAUGUUACUUCUGCAAGUAGCUGCUCAGGAAAGGAAAAAUUAUUCAAAGACAUGUGUUAUUAUGAUGCAGUAAAUAAUUACGUUAGUGUCUUGAACAAAUCUGAAGAAUACAAUGAUCAUUAUAAUGGAAAUUUCCUAUUCGAUGGACUAAAAGAUUUUAUUGCAUUUGAUUAUAAAAACCAUAUGGAUGUUCACGUAUUGACUUACCCCAUGAACAACACUGUGUAUGUCCAUGUGGACAAAAAAAACUUUACCAUCAGCCUUCCUAAACCUUUUGGUUUAUGCAUGGACACAUACAACAGUACAGAAGAUAGCGUCAUCGUAUACAUUACUGGAAAUGAUGAUGCACAAAAUUAUGUGAACAGAUGUGUCAUUAAGAAGGCGGAUGGAUCCUAUGAAUGCUACAACGUGUUCAGGAAAAAGAACGAAUCAAAUGAGUACUUCCAACAUGUCUCAUUUAUAACGUUCGAAGAAAGCAGUGGUAACAGACUUAACUAUAUCUACGUCACGAACAAUAAGACACAUAUAUAUAGACUCACUAAGCAAAAUGAAAAAUGGCUAUUUGAGGAAUGGCUCAACUUGGAUGACCCCAACCAAAGGAUUGGUCCCAUAGCAACCUCUGUGAACUACUUUUUUGUUAAAAAAAACGUCCUCGAUAAUUUCUUGCGCAAAUAUCCUCAAUCGAAACUGCUAGCCAAAUUUCAGCAGCCCAAGGAAGAAGACAUGCACAUCACGGAAGAUGGCUACAUUUUCCUCACCGCGUCCCACACCGUCAUCUUCGUGUCUAAUAAUGAUUCGUACGGCCAGGACAGUGGCUCCAGUGUCCACUUUUACACGUCCAUACUGAAGGAGAAGUACUACCAGUCCUUCGCCGUCGACAGCUUAGUCUUCAACAUAGACAACAGCUCCACGUUCAAUUACUACCUGGAUCAGUGA